CGGGUCUCCGUUCGCUGUUCUGCUGCUUCUUAGAGGACGACUGUUUAUACACUCGGAAUGCAGGUGUAAUCCACCGCUGAGGAAUUCCCACUUUCUAUCUUCACCCGGGCGUUCAUCUGCACGCGUCGAUUGAAUCAAGAUGGUCGCCCACUUGCCUCCUGCGGUCAAGCAAUUGCUGACCCUGCGCAACCCCCACCCGUAUCCACCGCCGUCCUUGUCAAGGCUGCAGGGAGUCCUUUCCAAGACUUUCAAUGAUGCCAAACAGAGACGCGCCGAGACUGGGUGGCUGGUCCUGACGAUGUGUACUCUGUUGACCGCCAACUCUCCUCCGACCGUCAGCCAUCUCUAUCGGUUUGCUACGAGAACCGAUCCUGCGAACGAGUCGACAAGGACUAGCCUGUCGGAUGCAGUCAGGAAGGCCGCUAUUAUGCGCGAAUCUGCGCUGAAGAGCACGAUCUUCGUUGGAGUACCUAGAGUUAUUCUUUCCUUGACUGCCAUGCAGGAAGCCAUGGAGAAAGACGUCAAAGAUGGCCUUCGGAAGCACUCUAUAAGAGAAGCCAACCCGGAAAAUAUUGAAGAGGUCGUCGCUCGCGGGAAAGCGCUGUGGCAAUCGAUCUACGCCCCACACGACGUCAAACUCUACAACAAGUUAGGAUCGUUGCACCCUGAUUUCAUCACAUUUAUUAUCCAGGCUUAUGGAGCCAUUCUGUCGCCCUUGCCGGGAGGCGAGGCCAUCGAAGGAAACCUCAGCCGUGCUUUGGGCUCCGUUGUGGGCAUUGCCACCCUUCGUGCGGAAGGGAGAGUAGUCCCGCAGCUCACCAGUCAUGUGUUCGGCCUCCUGAAGGCACGUUACGUCGCAGAUCAGAACGAGGAAGAUAAGUGGCUGUCGAGUGACGAGGGGACAGAGUGGGUAAUCCGUACUAUCGACACAAUCCUCGAUGUGGUGGAGGGAGAGCGCGCCAAGCUGUAGGAAAUCCAGACAUCAGAUUAUCAUCGAUUGUAUCGUUUGGUCCGGGAACGUGUAUCAUACGGCCUUCACCGAAUACCGUUCGCCAUUGUCGUGCCCUGAAUGGGGAAGUGAAUUAACCAUUGAAAUACCACAGGACCAUCAUGAGUAGAUAUAAGGCAUAGUGAGGGGACCGUGGAAG